CAUCUCACCCCAUCCCCCCGCGCGCCCACACCCAGCAUGACCGACACAACGGGAGGCGGAUGGACAUGCAGCGCAUGUACGUUUGUCAAUGGCAAUGCGCACUUUCUCGUCUGCGAGGUCUGCCUCACUCGCCGGUCCGACUCGUCGGCACCCCUGUGGCAUUUUGACGGCGACGGCGGCUUCCAGCCAUACCAUGCCGAGGCCCAGGCAGAGCUGGCGACCGCCGAUGGACCUGUCGUCGUCCUGCGCUCAUUACAUGGAAAGUACUCGGUUGACAUGGCUAAUCAUACUCAGACAAACCUCGCAUCGGGUUACGUUCGGGCUGUGCGAUGCGUGGCGCCUGACGGUUCGGUCGUGCCCGGGCCGUGGGCGAGUGCUGGACGCGGUGUCGGCGGGGCAACGAUGGCUACUUCGCUGGUUGGCGGUGGCUUUGGUGUUGGCGGCGGAUUUGUCUCUCCGCCGGUGGUGCCGCCGGCAUCGGUAGCGUACGUGGCUGGCGCAUCGGUCUCCAAGACCAAUCCGAAGGGCGAGCGCGAGCACAAGACGUGCUCGCGGUCGUCCAAGAAGGCAAAGGGACUCGCAGACGAGUCGUCAAGCUCGGGUAGCGGCUCAUCAUCGUCAGCGUCAUCAGCGAGUGCUGCGGCCGCGCCAGAGCCGGAAGUGGUGCCGGACAACGAUGUGCUGCGGAUGUUCCGCACCGCCGCGCGAGAGGCGAUGGCUACACAAGGCUCGGCGUCCGAAACGAGCGCGAAUGGUCGCAGCACCAUGAUGGAGAUGGUCCGACGGCUGUUUGAGACGAUCGAGGCCGAGCCGGUGGCGGCGGUAGACGAGGCCGAGACUGGCAUGUGCUCGAUCUGCUGCUCGGAUUUUGGAGAUGCGGUGGCGCCGCUGCGUACGAGCGCGUGCGGGCACUGUGUGCUCUGCAGCGAUUGCUUCCGGGCGUACGUGGUCCAUCGUGUCGACGACGGUGACGUCAUGCCGUGGAUCCCAUGCCCGGGAGGGGCGUGCCAGGAGCUUCUUGCGCCGGACGAUUUUGAGGCUUCCGGGCUGAGUGGCGGCGAGCUUGCGCGGCUUGCGGUGGCGGUGCUGAGCAAGCGUUGCGCGGGCUCGCCGGCGUGGAUCGCGUGUGACGGCGAGGGCUGCUGCUACGGAUUUGUGCAGAGCGCCGAGCGCGAGGCGGCGGCCGAGGAGGUGUGGGCGAGCGCCGGGCCCGAGUCUACGGCGCGGGCCGGGGCGCCGGCCGAGGCUGGCGAGCACUACCCGGGAGAGCCGCGGGUGUGCAGCGUGUGCAGCCACUCGCAUGCGCCAUGCUGA